AUGGCACAAGAACUUGAAUCAGCAGCGAAAAUCAAACUCCCCAGCUUUGGGCCCCCCUACGAUGACUGGGGACAAAAUCCUGAAAAUUCCGCGAAGAAACUUUCGGCCGUCAAGGACUGGCGCCACGCUGUUACAUCAAUCCGAGAGCGAUGCAUGUUGUUUUUUGUGAACCAGAUAUCUGACAAGCCAGGUUGGACACGUAAAGUGAAUGACGAAGAGAUUGUCGCUAAGUGGAAACACGAAGCCAAGGAACUCGAUUGGACUAAAGUCGUCGAAGGCGGCGACAUGACUGAUAGGAUGUUGACAUAUGUGAGUUUUGGAAAGGCCGUCACAGUUGAGGCUGACGUGUGUUGAUGGCGUAUCGAUGAACUACGCCACAAGGCCGACUUGUACGAGAAGACUGGCAUAGUUCCCGUGUUAGACGCUACAUUGUGCGUUUUGAAGUCUGAUAACGUCGUCUCGGACGAGCUCAAAGCAGAACUAAAGAGGGCAGGUGCGUGACUCGAAGAUGUACCUGA